AUGGACGCUCUGAAGAACGUAAAGAUCCUUGUUGGAAUCACUGUGAAAGUAACCAACCCGUUGGGCGAGGACUUUAUAGGAACUGUGUAUUCGUACACUACACAACCAGGUGUCUUGGUGCUCCAAGUGCCAACGCUUUCGAUUAGCGGGAAUUCAUAUAACUACAGAGUGUUUAGAACAAACCAGAUCAAAGAACUCACUGUGCUUUCUAGAACGGUUGAUGAAUCCUCAGUGGCCCAGAUCCAUCCAGUUGACCCGAACAAGCUAGCAAAGAUUGUGCAGAGGAACCACGAUAGCUACAAUCUGAUUAAAAAGACACAAAACAGCGAAGUUAGCAAAGAGGCACAAACCAUCUUCAACGCUGUUUAUAAGACGAUGCCUAAUGUUAGAUGGGAGGGUAACUCGAUUGUGAUAUUGGAUGAGGUUAAAGUGGAUCCACCGUACCUGGUUGCUAACGUGAAGAGAAUUCAUGAGAGCUCUGACAACGACGAUGACGAAGGUGCUGCAAGUUUAGUUAAGAAAAUCAUCGAUGGUGUAUGGCUCAAGCUGGAAGGUGAGAGAAAAGGUGGCUAA